UGGCUGAAGAAGCAGCGCUCCAUCGUCAAGAACUGGCAGCAGAGGUACUUCGUGCUCAAGGGCCAGCAGCUUUACUACUACAAGGAUGAGGAUGAUGUCAAACCACAGGGCUGCCUGUCUCUCCAGGGAAGCAUCAUCAAGGAGGUGGCCAGCAACCCAGAGGAAGGAGGGAAGUUUAUCUUUGAAAUCAUCCCAGGGGUUUCUGGAGACCAGACCCGGGCAGGGCAGGACACCUGUGUGCUCAUGGCUAAUUCCCAGUCUGAGAUGGAGGAAUGGGUUAAAUCCAUCCGAAGAGUGCUGGGAUCAGCAUCGGGAGCGGUGUUCGGACAGCGCUUGGCGGAGACCAUGGCCUACGAGCAGAAAUUUGGGCAGCACCAGGUGCCCAUCCUGGUGCAGAAGUGUGCUGAGUUCAUCCGGGAGCACGGUGUGAGCGAGGAGGGCAUCUUCCGCCUCCCCGGCCAGGACAACCUGGUGAAGCAGCUCAGGGAGGCCUUUGAUGCUGGGGAAAGGCCCUCAUUCGACAGGGACACAGACGUGCACACCGUGGCCUCUCUGUUCAAACUCUACCUGCGGGAGCUCCCCGAGCCGGUCGUGCCCUGGCUGCAGUAUGAGGAUUUCCUGCUCUGCGGUCAGACACUGGACACAGAUGAGAGAAAGGGCCAUCAGGAACUCCUGAAGCAACUGUCCCUCCUUCCCAGAGACAACUACAACCUGCUCAGCUAUAUCUGCAGGUUUCUACAUGAAAUACAGUUGAACUCUAGUGUCAACAAGAUGAGUGUGGAUAACCUGGCAACAGUGAUUGGUGUGAACCUCAUCAGACCUCAGAGAGAGGAUCCUGCAAUUAUUAUGAGAGGCACACCCCAGAUCCAGAAAGUGAUGACUGUGAUGAUAAGUGAUCACGCAGUCCUCUUUCCUCCAUCCAAGGAUGUGCCACCCUCUUCACCUGGCCAAAAAAACGACAAGAAAGCCCCCAUCCCACGCAGCUCCGUGGGCUGGGAUGCUGCAGAGGACCCUGUGGUGCCCAGGGCAGAGAGCUUGAUCCAAAGGCAGAUGAGAGGUGACCUGAAUCCCAGCAGUGCCCCUGGACCAGCUGCGAGCUCCACUGCACCCAGAGGAGAUAACGGGUCCAAAGAUACACUGGGAAUGUGGAAAAUGCAGUCAAGGAAAAGAACUCAGACUUUACCUAACAGGAAAACGUUCCUGGCUGCUGCUUCUCUGGGGGAGAAAGGUGGCAGUGGCAGGAGUGACAUACUUGGCAGUGACUUUUGGAGAAGCUCCCCUGGGGGCAGCACGCGCUCCCUGGCCCCCGAAGGACACAAGAGAACCUUGUCUCAUGAUCUUUUUAAGCUCCUCGACCUUCACCGGGCUUCGACCUACGACAAUGUUCCUGCCUCCCAGGCAGAAGGUGGGGAAGGCAGUGGCUCCAGCCCCAGCCCUUCGAGCAGUGGCUCUGAUAAGGAAUUUCUACCCUGCCCCAGUCCCAGCCAUCAGCCAAAGGAAACAGCCAGCUCCACCAGCAGCCCUACCGAGGUCUCCAAGCCUGAGGAAGAGAGCAGGGAGUUCCUGCAAAGCAUGAUCCUGAAGCUGGAAAAAGACAUGGAGCUACAAAGAAAUGACUACGAGGAGCAAAUUAAAAGUCUCGAGAAGGAAAACUAUGAAGUCUGGGCCAAAGUGGUGAGGCUGAAUCAGGACAUAGAGAAAGAGAAGAAGAAGUCUGAGGAACUGGAGCUGAAGUUGAUGAAUGCAGAGCGCUCACGGGAGGACAUGGAGAAGAAAAACAAGAUGCUUGAGGAGGAGAUAAAAACCUUAGCUAAAUCCACAAGCAAAACUGAUGCCAAAACCAACUAG